CCCCCUAGACCUCCGAUACCCCUCAGUAAGGAUCACGUAACCAACCAUCAACUACAGUAGAGUCUCACUUAUCCAAGCCUCACUUAUCCAACGUUCUGGAUUAUCCAACGCAUUUUUGUAGUCAAUGUUUUCAAUACAUCGUGAUAUUUUGGUGCUAGAUUCGCAAAUACAGUAAUUACUACUUAGCAUUACUGCAUACUGAACUACCUUUUCUGUCAAAUUUGUUGUUCAACAUGAUGUUUUGGUGCUUAAUUUGUAAAAUCAUAACCUAAUUUGAUGUUUAAUAGGCUUUUCCUUAAUCCCUCCUUAUUAUCCAACAUAUUCGCUUAUCCAACAUUCUGCUGGCCCGUUUAUGUUGGAUAAAUGAGACCCUACUGUACCUAUGUAUCUUCUUUUGCUAAAUCCCCUUUAUGGCAAUCAUCAAAUCUACCUUUGUCUUCUUUUCCAGAUACCCAAGUGCCAGCCUCCAUUUGUUUACAAAAUCCUCAUUAUUUCCUCCUCUGUUACUAUUUGUCAGCUUGGCCUUUUGGAUAUAUUCCCCCAGUUUAGCUCUCCAGUCUUUAAUACCAAGCUCUUCUCCCCCCUUCCAUGUUUUAGCUAUUAUUAAUCUUGCUGCAACAAAACAAUAUUGGCAAAUUUCUUCUUCUUCUGCGCUAAUACACCUUCUAGAUAAACCUAAUAAGCACAUUUCAUGCCAUAUAUUUGCACCCAAAGGGAUUUUGCAAUCCCCAGCCGGUCUGCUUUGCGGACUGAAACUAGUCCAGGACAAACCCAGGUCGACCCAUGCCUUUUGCCUUCCAGGCUCAGGAUGCUGGACUUGGAAAGCUGGCCUGGCUGUGCUGACCGCCACCCUCCUCCUCCUCGUUCUCCUGGCCACGGCCGUAGGACUGGGGGUCCGAUACUGGCAGGUCUCUGGGCAGCUCCGGCGGGCAUUGCAAGUGCAUGCGGACCUCAGCAUUGCCCAGGAAGGGAGCCUGGCCCAGAUGGAGGUCCGGCUGCACCGGGCCACAGAGGAGCUCAACUCCACGCGGGAGACCCUCAGGAGGAGCCAGGAGGAGGCCCAGAGGACCCGGGAGAGGCUCCAAGAAGCGCUGGAGGAGGCCAACCACACCCGGGAGGACCUCAAGCAGAAGGAGGAAGAGCUGCAACGGGCAACAUCCUGCCAGCAGGCCGGCUGCUGCCCCUCUGGCUGGAGCCUCUUCCGCUGGAGGUGCCUCCUGGUCUCAAAGCAAGAGAAGAAUUGGGAAAACAGCCAGAAGGAGUGUCAAAGGAUGGGAUCCCGGCUGCUGGUCCUGAAGGAGCCCACGGAGGCCACAGCGCUCCCGGAGGCUGAGAUUCCUUUGUCAGAGCAACAGUACUGGAUUGGGCUUAAAAAAGAACCGGACACCUGGCGCUUUAAGGUUCCCUGGGCCUGGACUGACAACUCACCCUUUUCUUGGGAUCUUGGACAGUGCGGAAACAGUGGCAACUGUGGGCAACUGGGGCAGGGGUCCCUGCUGCAAUGCAACUGUGGAUGGAAGUCCAGGUACAUCUGUGAGCAGCCCGCCAGGCCCAUGCAGGUGGCCCAGGCUCCUUGAUUCGUAGCCGCAAAGGCCCAAGACGCCCCAGGAGCGCAAUGGCCGCUCAGAAGAAGAGGAGGAGACCGUCUUUCCCAGACAUUCCCAGCUCUUCUCAACAGGGCCUUGCUGACCUCUCAUGAUGCACUGCUAUAGUGUUCUGGCUCUAUAGUGUCUUACUUGCCGUGGCAACAUCCCAAGGAAUGCUGGGAUCUGCAGUUCCAAGAGGAGCCUUGAGCACCCUCGGUCAGAGAUUUCGUCUCAGACCCAGAAUCCCACAGGGCUCAGCUGUCAAGAGACGUUGUCAUGGGAUCAUUGUGCUAUAGCAGAGCGGUUCUGGUAUCGAGAAUAUGGACCUCCAAAUUAUGAAUUAUGACAUGCGGCUCCAUUGGGACACACAGCAUGCCCACAUUGCCUUUUCCAUUUGUCCUGUAUUAAUCUUUCAUGAAUUUUGUGGGCUGUGGUGCAGGCUGGUGAGCAGCCUGCUGCAAUAAAUCCCUCUGACCAUGAGGUCAUGAGUUCGAGGCCAGCCCGUGGCGGGGUGAGCACCUGUCAAUUAAAAAUAAAAAAUAGCCCCUGCUCGUUGCUGACCUAGCAACCCACAAGAUAGUUGCAUCUAUCAAGUAGGAAAUAAGGUACCACUUAUAAAGUGAGGAGGCAAAUGUAACUAAUUUACAAUGUUGGAAUGAGGAAGUGCCAUCACAGUGGAUGAUGAAGCAGCUGCUCCCCCUGUGGCCAGAAUCGAACAUCCCCUCAGGAGAAGGUUAAAUUGCCUCUGCGUCUGUCUCUGUUCUAUGUGUUUAUGGGCAUGGAAUGUUUGCCCUAUAUGUACAUCAUGUGAUCCGCCCUGAGUCCCCUUCGGGGUGAGAAAGAAGGGCGGGAUAUAAAUACUGUAAAUAAAUAAAUAAAUAAAUGUUGUCCCACCAUACCUUGGGCCCCAUGAAACCUGUUAAUGUAAGAUGAAUGUCAUGUGAAUGUUUAAAUGUAAUUUUGUGCCAUGCUUGUGAAGGUAACCUGAUCGCAUCAGCAGAGAGUGUAUUGACACUGAAAGGGUUAAUCAGUCAAGCCUCUAAUGAACUGUGAAGAUGUGACCCUGAGUGUGCUUGGAAGGCGUAGGGAGGAUUCAGAGAUAACAUUUCAUUCAUUCCUCUUACUUCAGUGUCUUUUGUCUUGUUUCUAUCUGUUAGGUUGGAUGUCAAUGCUAGUGUGUGCUGUAUAUUUGCUCUACUCAGCAAAGCUAUAUGUUUGCUUUUACUGAAGUCUCAAAGUGUCCAUUCUUCUGUGCUCCAAAGCUUCAAAGCUUCUGUCACACUCUGACAAAACCAUGCCCCAAAUUGCCAUAAUCUCCUCACAAUGCAAUGUCUCCAUAGACCUAACCACGGAGCGGUUACCACAAGCCCACCCACAACGUUCCUUUGCACACUCAUGAGAGGCAGAAUCAGCGACACCCACAAAACUUCAAAUCGAGCAAUGACAGUUUCUGAAAUUUCCCUUCAAACCUGGAGACCCAUUGGCACCACCAGCCUGCAGAUCCUCGCCUGCCACCAUCUGUGACAGGAUUCGUGGUUUGAAAAUCUGGAGGAUCUCCUAAACUCGCUCCCUGACAUUGACAGCUUGGGCCAGCAAUGGCGCUUGAGACUAAGUUGUGGAACGUUCAGGAAGCGGAGGCCUUGGAACGAGGGAGGGAACUGGGAAAGAAUCAGUAGAGUCUUUUUUUCUGUGGAGAUCAAUGCAAUACAGACAUUUCCAACCCAA